CCCCAGAUGGUUUGGCAUGGGGUUUAAAUUGUGUGACUUUGAAGUUGAAGUCAGGCAUCUGCAGUGCUGACGGUGAGUUUUUGUGCAUGCUUCUACAAGGAUUUUGAAUGUUGAUGAGGAAGAAGGAGUUAAGUGAGAGAGCAACAGAUUUGGGGGACUUGGCACUGAGCUUCUAUCUUGUCUCAAUGGCAUAUGAAUCUUGCAAGGCUGAUAAGAAGAUGUAUAUUCUACAACUCUGAAGAAGAGGAAAUGCUCUACCAGAAGGAUGUGUGAUGCACAGUUUCAAUCUGGUUCAUUUGGAACAAUUUGAAUGUGGUGCCAUGAGAAAUGCAGUUGUCCGUGACAGGUUGGGAUUAUCAUGAUCAAGUACUCUAUUUUGACUUCAUCCAGUGGCCAAGAGCUUCGUAUAGUAGACAGCAAGGUUUGGACCUUUAAUAAUAGUGUACCAGGCCCGUAACCAAGAAGUAGACGACAUCAGUGGAGUCAUGCUUCACACGGCCAUAUCAUGCUGGCAGCCAUUCCUAGGUCUGGCUAUGCUGCUAGUUUUUAUGGGUUCCACCAUAGGCUGCCCGGCUCGCUGUGAAUGCUCAGCACAGAACAAGUCUGUCAGCUGUCACAGGAGGCGCCUCAUGUCCAUCCCUGAGGGCAUUCCCAUAGAAACCAAAAUCCUGGACCUCAGCAAGAACCGGCUGAAGAGCAUCAGCCCUGAGGAAUUCAUAUCAUACCCACUGCUUGAAGAGAUAGACCUCAGUGACAACAUUGUUGCCAAUGUAGAGCCUGGAGCCUUUAACAAUCUUUUCAACUUGCGAUCCCUGAGACUCAAAGGAAACCGGCUGAAGCUGGUCCCUCUAGGGGUGUUCACAGGGCUGUCAAACUUAACAAAGCUUGAUAUAAGUGAAAACAAGAUUGUCAUUCUGCUGGACUACAUGUUCCAGGAUCUGCAUAACCUAAAAACCCUUGAGGUUGGGGACAAUGAUUUGGUUUAUAUAUCUCACAGGGCUUUUAGUGGGCUGCUUAGCUUGGAACAGCUCACUCUGGAGAGAUGUAACCUGACAGCUGUACCAACAGAAGCUCUUUCCCACCUUCAUAACCUCAUCAGUUUGCGUCUGAGACAUCUCAACAUUAAUGCAUUGCCUGCAUAUGCCUUUAAAAGAUUGUUCCGCCUAAAAGACUUAGAGAUAGACUCUUGGCCCUUACUCGACAUGAUGCCAGCCAAUAGCCUGUAUGGUCUCAACCUCACUUCUCUUUCCCUUACCAACACCAAUCUCUCCGCAGUACCUUAUUCUGCUUUCAAGCACCUGGUUUACCUGACACAUCUAAACCUCUCUUACAACCCCAUAAGCACCAUUGAGGCAGACAUGUUUUCAGACCUGGUGCGCCUGCAGGAGCUCCACAUGGUGGGGGCCCAAUUACGUACCAUUGAACCACAUGCAUUCCAAGGGCUCCGGUUCUUGCGCGUGCUCAAUGUGUCUCAAAACCUGUUAGAAACUCUAGAAGAGAAUGUAUUCCAGUCCCCCAAGGCCCUUGAGAUCCUCUGCAUUAAUAACAACCCCCUGGCUUGUGAUUGCCGCCUUCUUUGGAUAUUACAAAGGCAGCCUACAUUACAGUUUGGUAGCCAGCAGCCCAUGUGUGCUGGCCCAGACAGUGUCAAAGAGAGGUCAUUCAAAGACUUCCACAGCACUGCCCUUUCAUUUUACUUCACCUGCAAGAAGCCCAAGAUACGGGACAAGAAGCUGCAGUACCUGGUAGUAGAGGAAGGGCAGACAGUGCAACUGAUGUGCAACGCUGACGGUGACCCUCAGCCUACCAUCUCUUGGGUGACACCCCGACGGAAGCUGAUCACAACUAAAUCAAAUGGGAGAUCUACAGUAUUAGGAGACGGUACACUGGAGAUCCGUUUUGCUCAAGAUCAAGACACUGGGACCUACGUUUGUAUUGCGAGUAAUGCUGCUGGGAAUGACACCUACUCAGCCUCCCUUACAGUAAAAGGAUUUACUUCAGACCGUUUCCUUUAUGCCAACAGGACCCCUAUGUAUAUGACAGACUCCAAUGACACCAGUUCCAAUGGAACCAAUGUGAACACCUUCUCUCUGGACCUUAAAACAAUACUGGUGUCCACAGCUAUGGGCUGCUUCACAUUCCUCGGAGUGGUUUUAUUUUGUUUCCUACUUCUGUUUGUGUGGAGCCGGGGGAAAGGCAAGCACAAAACCAGCAUUGACCUUGAGUAUGUCCCCCGCAAAAACAAUGGUGCUGUAGUUGAAGGGGAGGUUGCUGGACCACGGAGGUUCAAUAUGAAAAUGAUUUGAUGGUAUACUGCUAGCAGUGCUUUUUUCUGUGGCAUUAUAACCAAUUAAGCCAGCCUGGCAUGUGGCAUUGCUAGGCAAGGCAGCUUAAUGCAGCUGUCACUGUGUCAAAUGGUUACAUGGAAAUGGGAAGACUACAUGUGGUUGUACAGCAAAGCCUCCUAACCUUGAGGCAGAUGUGUCAGGGCCUUUCACAGAGUUGGUAAAUUGUACUAAUUGUUUGCAUUGCAAAUAUUGACAUUCUGGGGAUCUCAGUAAUGAACUGUUGGAUCAUGUUCAUGGACAAUUGUUCAACAUUUUCUACCACUACAAAAAGAAAAAAGGAAAAACAACCUACAGUGUAGGAUUUCCAUAUUUAAAAAAAGAGACACCUUUGUCUAAAACAUACUCUACAGUGAAAUUUGUAUCUAUAGAUCUCAUUUGUUAAGCCUUGCAUCAUACCUUCUAGUUGGUUCAACACCACAAAGAAAUUGAUAUAUCUUUUUUUUAGUAUACAUAUAUACUGUGUACAUUUUAAAGCAAUACGAAUGAGAGGUUGUGCUUUUGAAUAUCCACCAGUACUGACCCAAGUGUGAUGUCACCCCACCCCCUUUAACUACAGUCAAACCCCAAAUUAGACCUCUGUAGUUACCAAUGAGAGAGAGAGAGUAUAACAUGUUUGUCCUCAUGUAGAAGAUCAGAGAGGAAGAGCUUGGGGCGAAAAUGCUCUGCUUCAUUGACCUUCUCUUCAUAUAAAUAAAAGGCAUGUGCCUAGUUUUGAUACAGAAUGGAAUAUUUUUUAUAUGUGUGAUAUCACACUGGACCAGUCUACUGUAACAAAGCCCUGGAGUCAUACCCAGGAGAGUCCAACCUACAACACAUUGCUGGCAUAUAGGAGACAAAUUAUACUUUGAUGAAAGAGAUUUGUUUAUGUAGCCCCUUGGUUUUAAUUUCUAAGCCAUUGUUAAAAUGUUAAUGUGUACUGAGGAAAAAGAAAGGAGGUAAGGCAUUCUGUGUACUCUUAGGAAAAUAUGGUCACCUUAGUAUUUAAAGAAAUGAAUUAAAACAUACAAAAGCUCUGCUGAUAGAAAUGAGCUCUUCUCCAGUGCUAAUAAACCAGGGUUAUCCAUGCAUAAUAUGAGGAUUAUACUACUAAAGAAAUGUUUAAAACAUGAUAGCCUCCAAAAGGCCAAAGUAUUGCCAAUUAUAAUGACCUGUCAGGCUCAUCUUUCUUAAAUUACUAUAAAGACAAAAACCAACAUACACGAACAGUUUACUUUAGCUAUUCUUGCUGCCAUUUUAAUAACUAUAUUAUCUUGGUCGGGGGAGUUGUUUUGUUUUUGUGGGUGGGUGGGGUAGACAAGAUCCCAGAGUUGGACAAGGCCAAUAUAUAUUUGGUUGAGGUGAGAAGGGAGGGGGAACAUUGGUUAUAUUAACAACUGUUAUAUUAACAACGGUGUUAUAUUAACAACUUCUAGAGAAGUCAAAGAUAACAAAGGGCUAAGAACUAGAACCGAAAGGGUGAACCAUUGUAAGGUUGAUAUAAAAAAAAUGUUGUAGAGUAAUAGUAUUUUGCUACUGUUGGGGGAAGAGUUAAAAGAGUUUAAGCAUCUCUUCUGCCCCUCAUCAAUGAGUCAGUUAUUUAUUUAUUUAUUUAUUUAAAAGUUUGGUUGACAAGAAAUAUAAUUUAUAUAUUAUUUGGGAUAAUUUUGAGGAAAAAUAAUAAGUACAAAUGUGUUUGACUUGAAGGAAUAUAUAAAUGAUCCAGGGCAAAACAAUUAAAAAGCAUUUCUGUAACUUAGGAGUUUUUGUCAAAUUUUGCAAGGGUACUAUGGUGUCUAAGACUGACUUGUAAUGAAACUUUAAGUGUUUGUGAAAAUGUUACCCACAUUCUUCAACUUAGAUUUUUAAAGCAGGAUUAUGGGAUUUAGACAUAAAGCUUUCAUUGCUAUCGAUACAACCUGUGUCAAAAGCCUUAGGUCACAGUAUUACAAUUGCUCAGGCAUGCCCUGAUUCAGUGGCAAGAUCAGGGACCUAAACUGCUUUGAAAAUCUCAACCUAUUAUAUUCAGUGGCUGAUCCAGCUUAUACCAUUGCUAUGUUUCAAGCAGCUGGAAUGAAGGAGGUAGUCGAGGGCUUGUGGGCUUCUUUCUCGUAUUUUAGUCCUGCAUUAGUUAACUAGAGGUUUACAUGCCAGCAACUAACCCUUUUUCCUUUGAAAUUGUGUAGAACUUUAUUCGGUGGUCAUUUCACUUUAAUAAACAUGUGACAACAGAGAGAUUAUCUUUGCUGAUAAAACAGGGAAGUGACUGAAAACCUGUUGCACCUUUAGCUAGAUAAUAAAAUAAACAUAUGAGAGGAAAAAGGGAAUGAUGACUGAAUUGCUAGUAUUUCCAUUCUGUUUUCCCUUGUAAUUAUCAUUUAUCCAUUAGUAAUCCAUUUCCCAUGUAGUGAUGAUGACCUGAAUUAACAUGAUCAAUAAAAAUCAAAGUUUUAUGCAAAACAUUCUGCUGACUUCUGGUUUAGGCAGUUGGUGCAGAUCCAAGUGGGGGAUUUUAUUAUGUUUAUUUAAAUUACACAAUAAAAAAUAGUGAUGGGGAAUUUGAGAGUAGUUGUGUUUGCAGAAAUGAAUUAGGAUUGCAUUAUGUUUUCAAAUUUUGCUAAUAAUUGCUGAAUCCCCCUUUCCCAAAAAAGCUUUCCAAGAAGUGAUUAAAUUGUUACUGUGCUGUAAGGAUCUCUGAUCAGUCUUGCCAUAGGUAUCUUAAAUGAAAUAUGAUAAGAAUUAUGAAAUUCAUGACUGCACAGGCCAUGCUGAGAACCAGAUUAAAGAACUGCAAAGUUAACAGUAGCGGAUGCAAAGGCUACAUUCAGGUCUUCAGUUUCCAUGAACUGCUGUUUCCUCACAGCCUGAUUUUAACUCUGCUACCUUUGGAUGAGGCAGUGCUGUACAACUUCAGCAGCCCUUUUUAUGUCAGUGUGAUGUGGCAAGAUAUGAGGUACUAUUUAACUGAAGUGACUAUAGCACAAAUGAGGCUAAGCUUUUAUUCUCCUCCUGUUUUAUCCUCCUCCUGUUCUUGUUUGUUGUUUUGUUUUGUUUUGUUUACUGUGGACUUGAUCCUGUGUUUCUUGGGUGUCCACUACUAACUUUAUUGAGAGUUUGGGGUGAGUAUAGAAUUCAGGAUCAGGUCCCAGUUAAGCAUGCUUUUCCCUGCCCUUUAUGCACCUCCAAGUUGUGUCCAUUUGGUAUACUUGCCAACCUGCCUGUGAAGGCAAGAAAUAGUUGCAGCUUUUUCUAAUCUAUGCCAAUUUUCCAGCAGUGGAAUGGGACUGAUUUUAAUGGGUUUUCUGAUGUACAUUCGUUCCAGCUAGUGUAUGCACAGAAUUGACGUUCGCAUGAAAACACUUGUUACUGGAAGAAAGUGAACAUGGACUGAAUGCUUUGCCUUAGCUUUGACUUGUCUUUUGGCUACCUCUGUAGGCCUUGUUGUCCCUAUAUUGGUCAGUGCAUCGGGACUUGGCUGGGUAGAAAUGUAGCAUGUAAUUCUUUGGAAAGAAUGAAAAUGGAAGAAUUGAUAGCAGCAGAAUGUAUGGUGAGGGAAAGGCACUGAAGAAAUCUGGUAUCCCACUUCUAAAUUCUACACCUUCAUAUGAAACAAAUACAUCUCCUUUCUCAAAUUUAGAUCAUAUUCUCCAUUUUCCAUAUAAUCUACAGCCUUUAUGGAUAUUGUGACUCCUCAAAUCCUCAUUAAAAAGCAAUUUUUAAAUAAAAUAGGCAUGUAAUGACACAUGAGUGGCUAAAGGACAACUACCACCCACAUGCACCCUUAUUUUUAAGGCUUUUGGCUAUGCCACAGAUGUUUUUUUCUGCAGCUAGCAUCUGUUGCCAACAAACUCCUUCUCAGCCCUCCCUGCCCAUCAACUCAGCUGAGCUCAGUGACUUUUCUCCUCCUCUCCCCCCAUCCCAACUCUCAACAGUUCAACCUCCUUAGACAGACUAGUUCUAUAAUCUGCUCCCACAUACCAUUGAACCAUAUGUUUGCAGGAACAUCAAGGGUCUGUCCAACGUCGGUCAUUUAGAUGCCAUGCUCCUAUAGACUAUAAUGAGAACUACACCCAACUCCCUUAGGUGGUAUAGACAAUCUCUCCUGGUGGCUUCAAUGAUUUCUGCUCCAUUUGUAUGUUCUCCUACCCUUUGGCAUGCAUUCACAUGACUAGCCGCAAACAGAGAUCUAUGGAUUUGGAUGAGCAUUACUGUGCAUUUGGGUCUGUUUGAAACCCAGAACUUAAAUCAGAAUAUUAGAAUAGGUUAACACCUCCCAAGCCCCAAAAUAGCUUUGAAUGGACCCCUUUCUACAAAUGAAAUCAGCCAACUUUUGCACAGCUCUCCUUGCCACUGAGAUAAUCACAUGCCGACAGCAAUCUGCAGGUUGAAUGCUUCUGAUUUUUUCCCUUUUACUAGGAGCAGGUGCUUUGAUACAAUGCCAGCUUGAAAUAGAAAUCUUUAUUUAUAGCCUGAACAGAAUGAGAAAGCACAGGCACAGUCAAAAGAACAUUCCAUUUUAUUUUACUUUAUAUUUAAGGAGACAUUAUUCUUAAUAUACAAAAUAGCUGGUAAAAGAUAACCACAACCACAACAACAACAAAGGAUUUUCAUCAUUAAAUUUGCCUAUCUGCAAUUACUUGGACUGGUCCCAGAAUACCACUACCACUGAGCAGAGGUCUCACAAUAAGGGAAUUGGAGCCAGUUUCUCAUCUCAUUUAGAUUGGCAGAAAUCAGGAGUAACUGCAUAGAUUACAAUGGUGGUCUUUUUAUUUAUACUGGCAAAGCUGAUGUUGGAAUCUGGCUUUUUUUGUUUUUUGUCUCCUAUACUAAGAGGGCUAUAAUGACAAAUAUGCAGAAUUUAUGUUUUGAUUAUUUUUCACCUUGUGGCACACCUUCUGUUCUGUGUUCUGCUUUGCUGUAUUAUUCACCAUUGCUAGCUGAGCAGAAAAAUAUGAAUAUUCAGGCUUGUAAAAACAAACAAAAAAAUAGCCCCACCAAACUAACAAUAUAAAUGUGCAUUAACAGCGACUCAGCUCCCGUAUGUGGUCACAUAUAAGCCAAAACUUUGAGCUAAACUUUCAAAACAAUGGUUAGGAUGAAUGUCAACUUAUACAUGGGUUAAUAUUUUUUUUUUCAAAAUUCAGAGUAUUUUUAUUUCUAUUAUGGUAGCGCCUAGAAGCUAGCAAGUUUGGUGCAAAAUAUUCAGUCAAUGAUCGUUCUGGUUUCGAGAAGUUUAAAUCUGAACUUAAGAAUUUGGCUUAUAUGCAGCUAUAUAUGAUAACAAGUUUCUUGUUGUUUUAGAGGGAUUGCUGUUGCAUAUAAAUACGUAUUUAUAAUAUUUUCACACCUCAUGAAAUCCACCUGCAAGCAUCUGUAUUUCAUAUAUAUAUGUUUCUGUGUAGAAAAAAGAGUUAAAUUUGGUUUUUACUUAAAGUAUUCAAUGUAAUUGUUUUUAAAAGGUGAUGAGAUAACCAGAAAAAGUGCUGUAAUUUCUUUUAAAUGUAUACGAUUAUAAUGAUGGAUGGGGAAACGAAACAGCCCUAUUGUUAUGAUACAUGGAGCAGAUGGUAGCUUGGGUUUGUCUGUAAGUUUGUUUCAUGUUAAAAUCUUGCUAAUGCUAAUGACAAUGAGCUUUGUUUCUCAUGACAGUUGUCCUGAAUGUUGAUCUUUUUUGGUUCUUAGGGCUUGUCAUGAUGUGUAUCAUACAUAACCAAAACCAACCCUAAAUAAAUAAGUCCAUGGAUUGGUAAAACUUGCUGGGAAAAGUGAAGAAAGUUUACAUUCCCAUCAAAAUUGUUCACCUUCCUUAAAAGGGGCAAUGCAUUAAAUAAAUUAAAGGAAACCUGUGCUACUUGGGUUCUAAGUCAAAAUUCCACAUGACAUCUAAAAAGGUGUGACUGUUGUCUGCCAGAGAUCUGCAUACAUACAAACUGUAAGCAUCUGAAGGUAAAAUACUUUGGCUGAUGGUUAUAAAACAUUCUAUAACUUCCUAUGUGACACAGACAUUAGAAGUGGAAAAAAUCCCCUUUUUGUGGGAUAUAAAGGACUUUGGGAUUAUCUCAGUAUCAGAAAAUCUGUAUAAAAAGGUCAUAAUUAUGAGGGCUCUGACUAUGGGGGUAGUGUUCCAAAGGGAAUUGUAGAGAUUCCUUCUCUUGUCUCAUUUAGCAUGGGACUAAUAGGACACUCAAGAACUGAAAUAAGCAUAGAGAUGAACAGCAUGGCCCCAAUAAAACUUUUUCCAUUUCUCAUUUGUUUCUAUAACUCUUUUAAUAGAAACCAAACCUUCCACUAUAAUUAAUUUGAGUACUCUGGCAAGAAUUGUAUAAUAGUAGAGAAACAAUUAAAGUAUAUACUAUCUUCACACAAGAAAUAUAUCCAAAGGUUUUAUGGUUGAUAGCCAAAAAACAAGUUAUUUGGAGAUACAUCUAUCUUAAAAUGCCAGCCCCUGAAAAAACAUGAGGACCAAUUCAAUUUCCUUGGGUCUGUGCAGGGAUGGGCUCUCCAUAAAUGAACCUCACCUCACCCUUGAUGUCACCAUCCCUACCAUCGCCCUGCCUAGAGCCCACUGUAUGAUAAGCAGUGAUUGGAGGAAAGAGAUACAAUCCCAUAAUGCACUGCAACCCCAUGAGAUUAGAGAAACCAUGAAAGUCACAGGCUGUGCAUCACCUUUUUCUACAAAGAUUUUGUAGUUGAGGAAUCUUCUUAAGGGUGGCUUCCAGGAGAGGGCCUUGCAGCACAGCUCAACAGCGCUCAGCCAGGAGAUGAUACAGGGUGGUGAACUCUGGCAGGGUUGCUGACUAUGCCAAAUUAUAUUGCUCCUUAGUGAGGACAAGCCCUGCUCCACAUUGCCUUUGCAUCUAAACCUUGUGGAGUGUUGUUCUACACUAAGUUAAUUUUAACAGUAUUGUGGAUCAAUACAAUCUAAUCCAAGAGAUUUCGUCUUACAUGCACAGACAGUUUCCAAAAUCCUGCCCUUAUUUGAGUUCAGACUGCCAUAUGGGUUUAAAUAAUGUAAAGCUGUACUUGGUCUUUAUGUCAUAAAACUACUCGUCCAGGGUGAAAUUCUGGCCCUACUGAAAGGGAAGGCUGACAUUUUUUGUGGAGCCAAUAUUUUUGCCCCAAGUCUUUCUCCUGGUCAGUGGUACUGGAACAAGCCAUAAGUAAUGUCGUGAGCUGCUACUUUUGUCUGAAGUCUCUUUUUUUCCCUUUGGCAGAAUGAGAAGGGAGCUAAAGGAAAAAGGAGCCUGGAGACAUGUCAGGAUACAUGGCAGCUCUUCCCUCGGGCUUCUGUUUACAGUGGGCAUGUCUACACAUUCAUUAAUGCAUAGUAGUUACUGCACAUU